GAAGCCUCAGUUCGCGGUAAAUCCAGUUGCUAUCGCCAUGUCGCAAGUCUCAAAGCUAGCAGUCUAUCUGCUCCUAGUCGCAGUUUUCAUGGGCGGCAGUCUAUCCUACGAUGUGCCCAAGGCCACCGUCAAGGUCAACUCACCGAAGGGCUUCGAGGUCUCCAUUCCCGACGAGCCGGGCAUCUCGCUAUUCGCCUUUCACGGCAAGGUCAACGAGGAAAUGGACGAUCUGUCCGAUCAGACCUGGGCCGCCGAUGUAGUGAGCUCCCGAAACGGACGCUGGACAUUCCGCAACCGGAACCAGCGACUUCAGCCCGGAGAUGUUCUGUACUACUGGACGACGGCGCGGUUCAAUGGAGUCGACUAUCACAACUACAACCAGAGGCAUGUGGUUGGGCAGGGGGAUUCCCAGAAAAUCGACGUGAACGGCUCAAACGGUGGUCACCAGCCGAUUGUAGCCAACGGCCAUAACACGAUCAACAUAUAUGUACAAUGAACUAUGCUUGAAUAAAAGUGUUUAUUGUUUUAAUCA